AUUCAGAGCGCGACAGGGCGCGCUGAUCAAGUAAAGUGCUGCACCGGAGCCUUCUUUGGACCAGACAGUCUUGUCUCUGCCAGAGCCCUGAGCAAUGAAUCACGGCCGAUUCUCGUGGUGCACCUUGUGAUUCCAUGCAACAGGCUUCAGCACCACCGCUAAGUUCCUUCAUAACACACAAGGAAAGGCGGGCGGCAUCCAAUCAACAAGGAUAACGUCCACGCCCGAGCUCUGCGCACUGGCGUAGGUAGACCGCGUGCGUCGCGCUGCACGAAGCCAGCCACUCAGAGUAAACUGUACGGGAGCGUGUCGACGGUGUUGGCCUCGUUUUAUCCUUUUCUGUUUUCAGAUUCGGGUGGCAUUCCACAACUUACCCGGUACCCCCAAAGCUGCCUCGUGCGCUUUCGCUACACAGCAGCAAUGGCAGUCCAGCCUGAGGUCUUCCCUCUAAAGAUCCAGCACUCAAAGCCGCGAGCUACUAAAUCCCCACGCGGACUUCGAAAGCGUUCAAGCUUCCGUCGCAAGUCACAGCCUGUUGUAGUGGAGCUACCAGAGGAUGUUCGUGUCCUCAAGCAGAAGAUCAUCGAGUCACACCCGAUCAAGUUGCUCCGCUUCAGUUUAAGCCACAUGCGCCACAUGGCCACUCCACCCGUACUCAUCCCAGAGUCCCUCAACGACCGACGAGCCAUGCGGACGCUCGUGUCCGGCAAGACUGUGCCACUUACCAUGCAUAUGUGGGAGAACUGCAAGAUGAAGACCAAGCACUUGGACAUGAUCGAUGAGUACGUCACCUACCGGUGAUCGAAGCUCGACAGUGUCCGUUCCAGCAAAGUCUCUCGCCGCUGUCAGCGCCGAGCAAGUUCAGCCACUCCGCCCAAAGCCCAAAACGCACUCUAAUUCGCCAAGUAGCCUAAGUUUGAACGCGAUACUGUAUUCAGUGUCACGCAGUAUUUAUUCACCCAAGUACCGUUGUAACUAACAAUCCAUGUGCCAUUUUCUUCAGUCG